AAAUGAAAUUACAUUUAGAUAUCGAUAAUUUUUGUAUUAUUGAUAACUUUAAUAGACAUAAUGACUUUGAUUUUGCUACAAAAUGGAUAAAGUUUUGGUUAUUGCAGUCUUUUCAUUUUUUACAACAUGCUUUGCUGACAAUGACAGAACUUUUCCUGAAACAUUUUCAUUUGGAGCAGCAACAGCUGCAUUCCAAAUAGAAGGAGCGUGGAACGAAAAUGGGAAAGGAGAAAGCAUCUGGGAUCGUUUCAUUCAUACAAAUCAAUCAAGAGUCGUAGAUGGUAGUAACGCAGAUAUUGCAUGUGACUCGUAUCAUAAAUAUACAGAAGAUGUGGCUUUGGCUGCGAAAAUGGGUUUGACACAUUACAGAUUUUCCAUUUCUUGGUCAAGAUUAUUGCCAACUGGUUUCAUAUCUCCAGUAAAUCUCAUAGCCAUAUCUUACUACCAAGAUUUGAUCCGUGAGCUCGAAAAGUAUAAAAUAGAACCUGUAGUGACGAUUUACCACUGGGAUUUGCCUCAAAUGCUACAGGAACUAGGUGGUUGGGAAAAUUCAAAAAUCGUCGAUUACUUCGUUGAUUAUGCAGAUUUGGUAUUUGCAAGUUUUCCAUCUGUUAAACAUUGGAUUACAUUUAAUGAACCUAAACAGGUGUGUCGAAGUGGAUAUGGUAAAGGUAACAUGGCUCCUGGUAUAGCACGAAGUGGAACAGCUGACUACAUGUGCAGCUAUCACGUCAUUAAAGCACAUGCCGCUGCAUAUCACAAAUAUCAAGACCGCUAUAAAUCUCUUGGAGGAAAAAUUACUAUGGCUCUAGAUGGCGUUUGGAGUAUACCGUAUUGGGAUAAUGAAGAAGAUCGACAAGCCGCAGAGCGCCAGCUAAAUUUUGAGUUUGGAUUAUAUGCUCAUCCAAUCUUCUUUGGCGACUGGCCGCAAGUGGUAAAGGACAGAGUUAAUUAUCGUAGCAAAAUGGAGAACUAUCCUGAAUCUCGUUUACCAGAGUUUACAGCCGAAGAAAUGAAGUACAUUAAUAGAACUGCUGACUAUGUUGCUUUUAAUUUUUACAAUACAAAGUUAAUUAAAGAUAUAGAUGAAGCUUCUUUUGAUAUUACCUCUUUUGAUAACGACUUAAGAGUAAAAGAUGAUGUGGAUCCUCGUUGGACUAUUGCGAUGGACGGUAAUACAAUAUAUCCCCAAGGGUUAAGAUCAUACCUGAAAUGGAUCUCAGAAAAUUACAACAGUCCCGAAAUUAUAAUUACUGAAAAUGGCAUAGCUGAUAAUGGUACUAGCCUAGAAGAUAGUGAAAGAAUAUCAUAUUUAUCGGACUACCUAAAUGCUGUUUUGGAUUCUAUUUAUGAAGAUAAAGUUAAUGUUACUGGUUACACAAUGUGGAGUUUACUGGAUAAUUUUGAAUGGACUUCAGGAUACAGCAUGCGUUUUGGAUUUUACUCUGUAGAUUUUGAAGACAGCAACCGCACAAGAGCAGCGAAAACAUCUGUAGAUUAUUACAGUCAAAUAAUUAAAAAUAGGAAAAUUCCCGAAUAGAAAAAAUCAAAUUUGAAUCAGAGCUAUUAAUAGCUCUGUUAAGAGUACAUGGCUUUUAUUGUAUGGUAUUCUACAGUUCGUACAAUAUAGAUACCGUUCCACGUCAUCCGCGUAAUGGCACGUGACGUCACAUGAUGCCAACACGAAAUAUUUAAGUCGUAGGUGUGUUCCUUUUUGGAAUCGUUUAGGUGAGUACACUGGAAUUACAGCCACAAGACAUAUUUCAUUAUAUACGCAUAGAAAUAAUAUUGGAAGAUUUCUAUUAAUGUAACUUGUAAUUAGUUGUAAUUUGUUUCAUUUAAUUUGUAUAAGUGGAAUACAAAGCGUUUUAUAAAGCACACUUGUUCGGAUUACACUCUAACUGCGAUCGAACAGAGGUGACAUGUUGGCACAAAUUGGUAACAUGUAUUUUACAGUGGCGAUAUUGACACUUCAGAUGUGUUUUUAUUCUAGGCUAUAAGUAUUUGUUUUAUUAUAUUUAUUGUUUUUAUUAUUAACUUUAACGUAAGAUUAUAAUUUAAUUCUUGUUUUCUAUUUUCAAUGUUUUUAUUUAUUUACAUUGAAUAUUAAUUUGUUAUGUUGUAUAAUCCACUUCGCAACAAUUAGGAAUGUGAUAUAUUUUAUUUAAAAUGAAUUCAAGAAUUUUUUGUAAUUGGGCAACAAUGUUAAUUUAGAUCUCUGACCUAGAUAAUGACGUGCAACGGUAUGUAUAUUGUACGGACUGUAUUGAUGUAAGUAUUAAUCUAUUAGAAAACAUUGUAACUUUUGUAUUCUUUAAUUAAAAUUUAUAGAGCACACACUAUUACACCAAUUGUUGAUUUUA